AUCGAUAGAUCAAUCAAUGUUAAAAAUGGAAACAUAUAUUUUAUGCUUUAUAAGGUCUUCCACUAGCAAUCAUUAAUCCAUUAUUGAAAUCCAAACACUUUAAAGCGCCGUGUAUCGGCUGGCGGGCAGAAAUCGGCUUCAGUGUUUGGAUGAUGACGUCAGUCGCACAGAGAGCCUAGAGUAAGCGGCUCCGGAGUAAGUGACCGAUAAAGACCUGGCAGGGAUGCAGCGGUACAUGUAUUGAAAUGGCAGUGGACUUAUUUAGACUAGUUCAAAAUGGAUGUACCGCACGACAGUUACGUUUGGUCACGGAAAAUGGCUGUGACGUCAACGUGUCCAACGAAGACAACGAAACUUUGCUCAUGUUCACCAUGGCGAAUUCCCGCGCUCCUGGGGAGAGGAAGGCGGAGCUCGUCCGAGCACUUGUACAGCGGGGUGCUGACGUUAACGCAAGAAACGCCAAAGGCCAAACGACGUUUAUGUAUGCAUGCAUCAUGAACCAAGUCAACCCGCUCAAAGUUCUACUGGAACAGGCCGAUAUAAAUGUGAACAUACAAGAACGGGAUGGGAACACGGGACUGAUGUACGCAUGCUCGAUCGGAAAUGAACAAGUUGUGGAGGUCUUACUGGAGGCGCACUACCAAAAAAGAAUUAAUAUUCUGUUUGACCUUAUGAACUCUAGGGGCCAGACAGCUCUUGACUGUGCACAAACUAUGCACCGUGAAAAGAUUCUGAAAGUAUUCUCUAAUUAUGCCAUAUCAACCGACAGCAGAUUUAAACCAACUGUUUUAAAACCCAAAAGGGAACCGUCAUCAAGGAGCAGGAAACACAUCACAGGGGGAAGGUCAAAGAGGUCAAAUGUGACCUCGACUUUGGCAGCCUCAGAUACCGAGGAUGAAUUAGAGGAAUUUGGCAAACUUGUCCGCACAAUGCGUGAAUGCGCAGCGGAAGUUAAACAGUUAUGUUACGACCAGAAUAUUUCGUACGAUAGUAAUGGGAAAGCGAAGACUUCAAAAUCACAUAAAACAAAUAGACAGAAAAUGGAGAACAAGACACUGAACACGCCGCGUAUAGAGAUCCAUCCUGAUUCAGAGAAUAAGCAGAACAAUUCUGUAAAGUUGGACACUGCUGCUACUUCUCGAGCAUCUUCGCGGUCAGAGAAAAAGAGAGACGCGAAAACACGAGUUUCUAACCAAACGAUCUCUCAGAAUGUUCCCCAUCUGGAACUCCCAAGCGGAGAUGUAACUUCAUGUGAAACGCCAGUAUUAUCCGACAGUGCCAGUGUCUACAAAAAGAAAAGUAAAAGGAACACAUACAACUCCGCAACAAAACAUAGUGCCAGAUUUCGAGACUUUUCAGUGGACACUAUGUUUUCGAAGGGAGAAUCAGUACAGCUACACAGUCGUGAGUCAACUGUUACACACCGCUCCGCCACCAGCCCUGCCGUCCUAGAGUCCGCUUUCAGGGAUCCAUGGUCUACCUAUGGCGAUCCGCUCCCUGGGAUACAAAAUUCGCCAUCGUCCCGGGACCCUCUGUAUCUGCCUCCUUUACAUGCAGGUCAGGGAGGCGAAACAAACGAGGGUGUUUUAAAACCGGGAAAGGCCAAGAACUUGGAUAAAGACAUUUGGCAACUACGAGAGGGUCCCCCGGCGUCGCGUGAAAAUCCGAAUCGGUAGAAAAAAAUACUGGUCAUUGAACACCGCUUGGGUAUUGCACUUGAAAAAAAGUAUUGAAAUUGAUUUUCUAGUUACGUUAGUUGUGUGGUGAUAUUUUUUUUUUUCAUAUUCUCGUCUCGAACUCUUGAAGAUUUGCCUAUAAUCAAUACUUACCCCUGCCAUUUCCAUAAAGCUAUUGAUUCUAAUCACUGAACGUCGAAUUAACACUGAUUGACAAAUUCUGGGCAAUUCUUACCAAAAAUGCUAAUCACAGAGUUUGUGUUUUAAACAGAAAAGGAACACAUAGAAUGUUAAUUAGUAGUUUAGGGUACCUAUUUGUAGAAUUCAAUGAAAUUGAAGCCAUUGGUUUCUAAUUUCAGAAAAACUUCCAUAAUAUAGGCUCAUAGCAGACGUCAUUCCUUGUAUAAUUGGUCAUUGAUCCGGGUAUUUCAAUAAAUGGUUUGUUUCACGAAGUAAAAUAUGUCGUAAUGCAAUACACAAAUUUUGCCAAUGUUCAACGAGUUCAAUACUAAGUCAACAUCGAGUCAUUGAUUCAGAGUCUUAGACACCGUGGAAUUAAAGGCAAAUAACACUGUUUAAUUAUACAUACUGGGUGUAUGCUCUGUACAUGUAGAUUAAUAUUUAACUUGUUAUGCGUUCGUUGAUGCUGUGACCUGUUACCAAUAAAGAUUGUUAAGUAACC